AUGGCACAGAAUCAUUCAAGUAAAGGUAAACAUACUUCUUCUCAGGAAAACAGUGCUGUAACUCAAGAGAGAUAUCAAAAGUUAAAAAGAAGAGUGCGAGAAAUUCAAACUGAAUAUGAUAAAAUUGCAAAGGAGUUGGACAGAUCCAGGAAAAGAAUUAAAUCGCUUAAAAGGGAAAAAGAUCAAUAUGAAGAUACUGACUCAUCAGAUUCUGAACAAUCUGUUAAUAUUUCUUCUGAUAUCUCAUCCGAUUCUGAUGUAUCAUCAGGACAACAAUCUCGUGCAUCAUCAAUAGUAACACGUCCAAUUAAAAAAGCUCGCGGACGUCUCACUAAUAAAAAAUCAGCGUCAUUGCCUGCACCUGCAAAUAAUAUUGUUAAUUCGGAACCUAUCACCACUCACACGUCGGGUAAAGUUGCCAAGAAGCGCGCAAGCAAGAAACCAUUGAAUAUCAAGACUAUGAAAGUUCAAUAUGUUGAGAAAGAUGAAAAGGGAAAUUACAUAUUACCUGUUCAAAUUGGGAUUUUAACUGUCCUAAGUCUUGGACAUGUCGUUUAUGACCGUGAUACAUUUCAUAAUGAAAGAUAUAUUUGGCCUGUUGGUUAUGCCGUCAGAAGAGCUUACAAUAGUAUGAUUAAUCCAGAUAGUCAAACUAUGUAUACUUGUAGGAUUGAAGAUGGUAUUGAUGGACCUAGAUUUGUCAUUGAAGCCGAAGAUCAACCAAAUAAACCAAUUCCUGCUAACACAGCAACGGGUGCAUGGACUUCAGUUGUUCGUGAAGCAAAUGCCAUUAGAAAUCGUGAUCAUUCAAAUUCCGCAUCAGGUCCUGAUUAUUUUGGUUUUUCACAAGCUACCAUUAGAAAGAUGAUACAAGAUCUUCCCAAUUCAAAUAAAUGUAAAAAUUAUGUGAUACAGCGUUUUGAAGUCAUGAAAUCACAUCCUGAAGGCAAAAAUUGGCCUGUAAUUUUUGGUCAUGAAGGUGGUGGCGUUGUGGAAUCGGUAGGCGAAGGAGUCACUUCCGUCCAGCCGGGUGAUCAUGUAAUACCAUUAUACAUUCCCGAAUGUCGUGAAUGUAAAUCUUGUAAAAGUGGCAAAACUAACUUGUGUUCAUUGGUUAGGAGUACUCAGGGACGUGGUUUGAUGCCAGAUGAAACAACAAGAUUCACUUGUAAAGGCCAAAAGGUUUUUCAUUAUAUGGGAUGUUCAACAUUUAGUCAAUAUACUGUCAUUGUAGAAAUGUCAGUUGCCAAAAUCAAUCCUAAAGCACCAUUGGAUAAAGUAUGUUUGCUUGGUUGUGGAAUCACAACAGGUUACGGAGCAGCAAUUAAAACAGCCGAUGUUCAACCUGGAUCAACAGUUGCAGUGUUUGGUUGUGGUGGCGUAGGAUUAAGUGUUAUUCAAGGUGCAAAAUCGCGUAAUGCAAGUCAAAUUAUUGCAAUUGACAUUAACCCAAAGAAAUUUGAAUUUGGUUUAGAUUAUACGUUUGAGUGUACAGGUAACACAAAGGUUAUGCGUGCAGCUUUCGAAUCAUGUAAUAAAGGAUGGGGACAGUCUAUAAUUAUAGGUGUGGCAGGAGCAGGAGAAGAAAUAUCUACACGACCAUUUCACCUUAUUACGGGACGUGUUUGGAAAGGUACUGCUUUUGGAGGUGUUAAAGGACGUAGUGAAUUGCCAGGUUUAGUUGAAGAUUACCUUGAUAAGAAAUUGGAAGUCGAUCUUUUUAUAACUCAUAAAUUCAAACUUGAAGAAAUUAAUGAAUCAUUUGAAGCUAUGCACAAGGGUGAUAGGGCCAACCUUAUGUCAAAAUCUUCAGCUACUACCAAUAGAAAAUUUGAACCAUGUUUGCUAGGAUCUAAACCAGACUUUACAGUAAUGACAACUAAGCCAGGUAAAUACAUUGAGUUACUCUUUAGGAAAAUCAAACCUCAAAAAGUAUUUAAUAAGUGA